UAGCGCGAUAGUGUCUCUCCUUCGCCGACUGGGGAAGGAGGUAGCUCCAAGUUCAUCCUCUCCUGUGAAUGCGUUUUUUCCUGCCUCCUUCAGCCUCCCUGCAAGUUUUGUUCUUAGUCCUCCUACCUACAGCGCCUCCUUCAGUGUGCCUGCCUCGUUCUGUGUUGACGAAGUGCCUCCCGUUCCGUUGAGGAAGGAAGAAGAGCCGCUUGUGAAUUCAUCUGCAUUUCUGUUUUGGAGCAUUUUUCGUAAAGAAACGUCAGUGAACGAGCGAGAGGGAGUUGGAUGUGUCUGUAAAGUUGUGCCGUCCUCCCUCCCUUCCCACCCUCCUUCCCCCAGCAUCUCCCUGACAAGAGGAGGAGGUGGAACCCCUCCCCCCGUACCCCAGGCAGUCUUGUGAGUGUGUCAACUCUGCCGCAACUUGCGGGAAGAAAGUCCUGUGUGUGUUUAUUUGUGACUUUGAAGCCAAGGUUCAGGGACUAUUUUUAUUGUUCCCACGGAGGAGAAUUCAGCCAACCCUCCCAAGUUUUUAGAAGCGAGUCAAAAUCUCGUGGAUGUGUUUUCCCCCCACUGAAGAAUUUGAUACUGUUGUGAGUUCCUAGUGUCAGAAGGACUGUCAUCAUACCUGUCAAGGCGUUGGGCACCCAGCCGUGUCUUUCAGGAUAUUCCAGUGUGCAACAGAUGUCAGGCGUUCAGUGGUGACGCAACAAGUGCAGAUGUCAAGUAUCCCGGAUAAUUAUUGAUCUGUUUCCUGUGGCGAAGUUUUGAGUCGCCAAAAUCAUACAUCAAGUAGAACUAGUAGUUUAGGGCAAUAGAAACCACCCUACGGCACCACCCAGCGUUCUCGGCACUUCCUUUGAGACCUGAGAGUUACAGCAAGUAUUCUAACCUACACCUACAACACCGUCUGUUUGUGGUCCCUGGAGAGUUUGACAGUUUAAUCAGAAGGAGUUUCGCGUCCACCUUUGAAACUGCUGUUGAUAGACGCCCAUCUCGGUAGUGUUAUUGUUGGAUCAGACUCGCCCCUCCCCCCUUCGUUGCACUGUUUCUUUUGAUUCGUGGUUUAUCUUCGAACAUCCCGCCGAAGAGAGUUUUGGUAGCACAUAUGUAUUUCCGGAAAACAGCAUCCAAAAUGACAGUGUAUGUAAUGGUGCGUGAUGGUGGUUCGGGAGCGUAGGAGCCCUUUUUGCGGCCGGUGUGGAGACGGGGAGGAGGUCGUCCCGCUCCAGCAUCAUGGAGACCUUCACCAUCCCCUUGUGUGCCCGCGGCAGGAGAAUGACGCCAGCCACGCCUGCAGCAUCAGGUCCUUCGUUGCCUCCGCCGUCUUCGUCUGCUGCUUGGAGUGGAACCGCGUAUCCGCCUGAAGAUUUUGCCAACGUACAUGGAGGAGGGUCCCCGACUGUCAGCAGUAGCAGAAGACCGCCCCCACCCCAUGCCCCACCAACGAGAAAGCAUCGCGCCAACCACCAGCGCAACUUGUCCCUGGAUUUUAGGUCUAUGGGAAUAGUGCUUCCUCCUCUGCCACCGUCAACAUACAGUGGAUCCCACCAAAGAAAUCGCAGUUUGGAUUCUGUCCUCCAACGGAUCCCAGAGGUUGAGGGUGGAGAGACCCCACAACACCCUCCAGCCCCAAACCCACCCCUGAAACCAAGUCUCUCAUUCACCUUCAGUGAUGCGCCAAGCUUUAAGCUCCGGAGUGACCCUUGCCGGGCAAGAGCCUUAGUGACCUCAGCAGUUGGUCAUCCUGUAGUGGUGAAGCGAGAAAAAGACCGCUACGACCAGACGAGUCUGGGGUCUGACGAUUCUGGUAUUUGCAGUUCCGAGGGUGAUACUAGGGAACCCAGUACAGAACGCGCUCAUAGCGCAGACUGCCUUGAUUCAACUUUUUUCAGUUCAGACUGUGAAGUGAAAAGUGUUUAUUCUGAAACAUUAGACAGUGAAGUGAACAUGGAAGACCCAGAAGGUGACUCCGUGAGUGAAGGGGGAGACUUGGGAGACCGGACUUUAGUAGAAGAUGCAGGGGAUGUAUCGCCAAGUGACACAACUGUGACUGAAGGUAUGGAUUCCCCUUUAGAGGGAAGCAUGGCGGACCGCCCUCCUCAGUCCCCACUCAGAGAUCUCUUUGAUGAAACACAGACUGCUUGUAGUGAAGUGCAGACCUUUCCUUCCGAACAUAGUGAAUCCAGCAAAGAGAAUGUUAGUGAAGUGACCAGUCAUAAAAUCAAAGACGUGAGCGAGGAGUUGUUGAGCUCCACUAGUAGUAGUGGGGGUGCCUGUGCCAUUACAAACAGCACUAGCAGUGAAGGCAGUGCUGUUGCAAGUACCAGUAGUGGUGCCAGUACUGCCACUAAUACCAGCAGUAGCAUGAAUAGUAAUAGUGUGAUAUCAAAGAACAAAUUGGAUGAAAAGCAGUCCUUACUUUUGAGACUUUUUGAAAGUAAGCUGUUUGAUAUGUCCAUGGCAGUUUCUUACUUGUACAAAUGCAAAGAGCCAGGUGUGCAACAGUACAUUGGAAACAGGCUUUUUAGCAUGCCCCGAAGUGAGUCCCAUUUUUUCUUGCCCCAACUGGUGAAUAUGUAUGUACAGACUUUUGAAGUGGCUGAGGUGCUUCAUCCAUUCCUGGUUCACCUGUGUCGCCAUGACACUAAUUUUGCCCUCCAGUGUGCCUGGCUUCUAGAAGCUUACUCAACAGACACUGCUCAUCAGAGAAAAAAGUCACAUGGUACCAAAUUAAAAAAUCUCAUACUCUCUGAUGAAUUGAGACCCAAACAGGAAGGGAUUUUAAGUGUUGGAAUGGAAGCAAAACUUCAGAGCUCACAACAUCGAUCAACUCUGUGUACGAGAAUAAAGGAGCAUCCAAGCCCAGGUUCCAAUCCAGGGUCACCUGUCACAGAACUUCCUCCCCCAUUUACUACACGUGCUACAAUCCCUGCCCCAUCUCGAAAGUCUCACCAACGAUCACGCUCAGAUGCUACCGUUGCAUUACAAGCAAACAUUGCCUCAUCUCGGAGUCAUAAGCGGACGCCAUCUUCAGGGAGUAUAAAAAAUUGCCUAGGAGACCUAACAUCUGGAAGAGCCUUUGAUAAUGGCUGUUGCUGCUUUGACUCGGAAGAAGCACGGUGUAACUCCCUAAGAGGGAAAACCAUUGAAUGCCACUGUGGUGCACCAAGACUCUCUCCAGAGUUGGAAUUUGUGCGAGCACUCAUAAGUACUGGGAAGCGCUUGGGAGCGCAACCUACCAAAGAGGCUAAGACGUCUCGAUUGUUGGCUGAACUCUCUGUUUUAAAUCUCAACCUACCAGCACGUGUCUACCUACCGCUAUGUGCCACAGAAAUGCCCCACCACGUUGUACGCAUCCCACCUCAAGCUGCCGUUGUCCUAAAUUCGAAAGAUAAGGCCCCUUACAUUAUCUAUGUGGAAGUAUUAGAGGUGGAUAACGUAGAUACAGCUCCAGUUCAAGCAAAAUUAACUCACAGUUUACGUCAUACUCGCUCAGAAGAGAAUUUAGCAGACUCUCCUGCUUCCACAUCCUCUUCUCAACUGGAUCUGACAACUACGCCAACUACCACAGCUACUGCUACAACUAGUGGUUUAGGGUCUACAUCUUCCAUACCUUCAUCACUUAGUUCACCACAUCUAACUUCAGGAUAUGUGGAUGAAUCUGAUUGUUGGAGUCAUGAAGAUGAUGAGAUCAGCCAGCAGUAUUGUCAGCUGAAAAAGCCAAGGGAUAGGGACACAAUAUCAAUGAUGUCCUUGGAUUCUUGUGAUUCUCGAGAACUUAGCGCAAGAGGAGCAGCUGACAUUCGAAGGCGGCUUUCAGAAACAGUCAAUGCUCCAAAGACUGGGUUCAAGAGAGACCCUGAAGACCCUUCGGCAGCGGCAUUGAAAGAGCCAUGGGAGGAUAAGGUGGAACGUAUUCGUGAAACUUCACCUUAUGGUCAUUUAGCGUCUUGGAGAUUAUUGUCUGUGAUUGUGAAAUGUGGAGAUGACUUAAGACAGGAAUUGUUAGCCUAUCAACUACUGUGCAUGUUCCAAAAAAUAUGGUCAGAAGAAAAAGUCUCACUCUGGCUCAGACCUUAUAAGAUCUUGGUGUUGUCAGAUGAUUCUGGCAUGAUAGAGCCCAUCGUUAAUACAUGCUCUCUACAUCAAAUUAAGAAGAACAGCAAAAUGUCCAUGUUGGAUUACUUUAUUCAGGAAUUCGGUGAUAAGAACUCAGAGGAAUUUUUGACAGCACAAAGGAAAUUUGUUGAGUCAUGUGCUGCUUACUGUUUAGUUUGCUACAUAAUCCAAGUGAAGGACAGGCACAAUGGUAACAUCUUGCUGGACAAUGAGGGACACAUAAUCCACAUUGACUUUGGUUUUAUGUUAUCAUCAUCACCUCGAAACUUGGGAUUUGAGUCCUCCCCUUUCAAGCUUACUCAAGAAUUAGUAGAAGUUAUGGGAGGAGAAAACUCUGAUAUGUUUGCGUACUUUAAAAUACUGCUGCUGCAAGGUCUACUGGCAGCUAGGAAACACAACGAAAAGAUCCUCUCUCUUGUGGAGGUUAUGAGUUCAGGUUCAAAAUUAGCUUGUUUUCGGGCAGGAGCAUCAGUAGUGCCAGCAUUAAAAAGUCGUUUCCAUGUCAACAUGACUGACGAGCAGCUGCAAAAUCAUCUCGACCAACUCGUUUACAAUGCCAUCAAUUCAAUUACAACUAGAUUGUAUGAUGGCUUCCAGUACCUUACAAAUGGUAUACUCUAGCCCACACAGUAGGUUUUCUCCCUCAUUGCUGGACAUUUGAUUGGUGUAAGCGAUUGUGGGAGUUCCGUGUUGGUGUAUAAUAAACCUGACAAAAGUAGUCAAGAUGUCACAAUAUAUCCCAUGGUUUUAAAAACUUGAGAUAAAAGUGAUCGGUGUUAUGCCUGUAGAACAUCAUGCAUAGGCAUACAGCAUGUGAUCGUAAUUAUCACGUAAUUAAGAACAUUUCUGCAGAGAGAUUACUUAGUGUAGUGAACUGUGUACAAAAAAUAUGUAUGUAAAUGAUGUAAACAUUAACCUACCAAAGACGGAAUUGAGAGUUGAUGUUCAGGUGGCAGCAAGAGACUUAUUUUAUACAGUGGAUUAUUUUCUGGAACUCAGUAUAUGAAUGUGCUAAGAGAUGAAUUCUGUCAUAAAAUUGUCCAGUUAUUGCUAAUUCAUGGCAAUAUGUGCGUAAUAGUGGCAAGUACUCUUAUUAUCUGUACAUUAACAAGUAUUGUUUGCAGCUCAAAAUAUGAUACUUGGCUUGCACUUCUUUAUUUCUCAUAUUUCUUGAUGAACAAAAACAAUAAUUUUUGUUACUGUACUUCUUGGUUUUUGUGCUUUAUUACUGUAUUAUAUCCAAGUGAAAUAUGUUUUGAUGGAUAUCCAUCAUCAUUAUUAUUACAAUUAUUCUUAUCGUUACAAUUACAGUUCUCCUUCUCCCUUCCAAAAGCAAAAACAAAAAAUACAAAAAAAAAAAAAAAAUGAAAAACUGCAUUCCUGAUCUGCCUGGAGCAUAAGGUACAGUAUUAAUGUCACUUCCCAACUGUCCAUCAUUCUGUGUAUUUUUAUAUCAAGUAGAUGUUUUACCAUGUACACAAAUACCGAAAUUCCUACUUAUGAUUUUUAUUGAAAAGUAGGUUAUGAUGUAACAUUUAAGAAGCUUUAACACUUCUCAAGACGUAAGAGUUCAGCUGCUCUGAAAGGCACUGAGCUCUGUAUCAAGUGCCAAGUGCGGGGUGAUGGGGCUCGGGUAAAGUGAGAAUGAGAAAAUUCGAUUUUUAUAUGUAUAUAUAUACAGCAUAUUAAAUGUUAUGUUCAUGAAAGUGGUCACUUCAUAAGAUUGAUGGUGAGACCUGUGCAUAAACUGUUGCAGUAGUAAAUAUUAUCUACUGGGUUUUUAAAAAGGUGGCGAGAGAUAUAUACAUAUAUACACAGGUGUAUCAUAUCAUAUAUAAGGACAAACUCACCGCUCAUUCCCCCAUAUGAUGUUGUGCUAAUUUUUACACUUGCAAAACCAACUUCUGUGUUUACAUCAAAUGAAAGAAUUCUAUGGAUAUUUUUAUUAUAGUGUUAUUUAUAUCAAAGUAUUUAUUUAUCUGUUCGAAAAGAACACUACAGCAAUUAUAUUAAAGUAAACAAGAAAAGUGGAAGAAAAUUAUUUUCUUUUCAGUUUACUGUCUUUCAUUGAGCAUACAUCUGAUAUGGGGUACAUUGGUAUUGCUUGAACAAGCUACCAAAAACAAAGUAUGCGAGAGUAUGCCUGUUGUGUUUGUGUGGGUGUGUGCAUGACCCAUUUCAGCUACCUCACCCCCACACGUGUCUCGUCUCGUGUCACCAUACAGUAUGUCGUCCAUUACUCAUAAACGAUAGGUAGAUCAGACUUUUGUAAUAUUUCAUGAGGCUCUUGUAUGCCAAUAUAUUAUUACCAAUGCAACGCUUUUUAUCCCAUAAGAAUUUCUGCUUGUAUUUGUAUCAUUGUAAGUAUUGUAAAUAGGGCGACACGACACUCAGAACUAUGAAAGGUCACAGAUGUCACUUAAUAUGAAGUCUAGUGUUUAGUUGUAUGAAAUUCAAUGUUUUUGGUGAUGGAUGCUACUGUAAUUAUCUGUAAAUCAACUUUGAAACUAGCCUUUUCCUGGUAAAUAUUAUUGUGGCAGCAUUUUAUAGUUCUGGUGUUGUUACCCCAAUUUGUUUCUCAUAUUCAUUAAACUGUUAAGAAACUGAA